CCGCGCGCGAGGACACUCGGUGGCCAUUGCUUCUUACCCGGUGUUCGCGUCCACGUGGGGAAAGGGUGGGGCUCACAGCUGUCACCAGAGGAGACGCCUCUUGUCCCUUCCGGCCGCCGUACGCGCGCAGGCGCGCUAGUGGCGCCCUGCUUCGUCCUCCCUCAGCCCGCGAGCCACUAGCGGGAGUGACCAAGCUCGACCGCGAUCGCAGGUCAGAGAAACAUGGCAGCAAGGCGAAUUGCACAGGAGACUUUUGAUGCUGUAUUACAAGACAAAGCUACCCGAUAUCACCUGGACCCCAGUGGUGAGGCUGUAGGUGAAGCUCUUCAGUUUAAAGCUCAAGAUCUUCUAAGAACAAUCCCAAGAGCCAGAGCAGAUAUGUAUGAUGACAUUCACAGAGACAGCAGAUACUCUGUGGGCGGAUCUGCAGCUCACCCUCGAGACACUGGGAGAGAAGGCCUGAGAGGCGAUGUAUUCCCAGGACCUUCCUUCAGAUCAAGCAACCCUUCUGUAAGUGAUGACAACUACUUUCGCAAAGAAUGUGGCCGGUAUCUGGAAUUUUCCCACCCUGAUUCCCGAGACCAGGUCUUUGGCCACAGGAAACUAGGACAUUUUCAUUCUCAGGACUGGAAAUUUGCCCUCCGUGGCUCUUGGGAACAAGACUUUGGCCACCCGGUUUCUCAAGAAUCCUCUUGGCCGCAGGAGUAUAAUCUGGGUCCUUCUGCCCUCCUGGGGGACAUUGGUCCCUCCAGGCUGAUGGAGAAAGAGAGUCACGAUUACGAUGUGGACCGCCCAGGGGAGGCCGACUCUGUGCUUGGGGCCAGUGGCCAAGUCCAGGGCAGAGGCCGAGGUCUAAACAUUGUUGACCAGGAGAGUGCCCUCCUAGGAAAGGGGGAAACUCAGGGCCUGCUCACGUCAAAGGCAGGGGUCACGAAGCUUGUUGCACUGAGAAGUGUGAGCACGAAGAAAGUACCCACUGUAAAUCGUAUUACUCCCAAAACUCAGGGCACUAACCAAAUCCAGAAAACCACCUCAAAUACUGAUGUGACCCUGGGGACAAACCCAGGGAUGGAAGAUAUCCAGUUCCCUACUCAGAUCCCCUUGGGGCUCAGUCUGAAGGAUAUUCGGCUCCCCAGAAGAAAGAUGAGCUUCGACCUAGAUAAGUCUGAUGUGUUUUCGAGGUUUGGGAUAGAAAUAAUCAAAUGGGCUGGAUUUCAUACUAUUAAAGAUGAUGUUAAAUUUUCCCAGCUCUUCCAGACUCUCUUUGAACUUGAAACAGAAACCUGUGCUAAAAUGCUUGCCUCAUUCAAAUGCUCCUUAAAACCAGAGCACAGGGAUUUCUGCUUUUUUACUAUCAAAUUUUUAAAGCACUCUGCUUUGAAAACACCCAGAGUCGAUAAUGAGUUUUUAAACAUGCUUUUAGACAAAGGUGCUGUGAAGACCAAAAAUUGCUUUUUUGAAAUCAUAAAGCCCUUUGACAAGUACAUAAUGAGGCUUCAAGACCGGCUUCUUAAGAGUGUUACUCCACUGCUCAUGGCCUGCAAUGCCUACGAGCUGAGUGUCAAGAUGAAAACCCUCAGUAACCCCCUGGACUUCGCUGUUGCCCUGGAGACCACCAACUCCCUCUGCCGGAAGUCGUUAGCCCUUCUGGGACAGACUUUCUCCUUGGCCUCUUCUUUCCGGCAAGAGAAGAUCUUGGAAGCUGUUGGCCUCCAAGAUAUAGCUCCCUCUCCCGCCGCGUUUCCGAACUUCGAGGACUCGACUCUGUUCGGGAGGGAGUACAUCGAUCACCUAAAGGCCUGGCUGUUCAGCAGUGGGUGUCCUCUCCAGGUCAAGAAAGCCGAACCCGAGCCGACUCAAGACGAGGAGAAAACGCUUUCUCCUACCAAACCAGAAAUUCAGGCCAAGGCUCGGAGAGCUCUGAGUGAUGCCAUCCCACAGCGAGCGGAUCACAAGGUGGUGGACACCAUUGACCAGCUGGUCACACGGGUCGUCGGAGGCAGCCUGUCUCCCAAAGAGAGAGCUCUUCUUAAGGAGGACCCUGCUUAUUGGUUUCUGUCUGAUGACAGUAGCCUGGAGUAUAAAUACUAUAAGCUGAAGCUGGCAGAAAUGCAGCGGAUGAGCCAGACCUUGCCAGGAGCAGAUCAGAAACCCACCUCGGCAGAGUGCGCAGUCCGAGCCAUGCUUUACGCCCGGGCGAUCCGGAGCCUCAAGAAGAGGCUCCUCCCAGGGCGGCGGCGGGGGCUGCUCUGCACUCAUGGGCUCCGGGGCUGGAAGGCAAGGAGAGCAACUGCUGGCACCCAGGCCCUCCUCUCCUCGGGCGCCAGGCUGAAACCCCAUGGCCGCCAGGCUCCAGGCUCCUCACAAGGAAAGCUGCCCCAGCCGGACGUAAAUGCUGCUGCCAAGGGCUGCCCACCAGACCCAGCGGGACCCUCCAGGGACCCCAGCCCAGAAGCCUCAGGCCCAUCCCCCAAGGCAGCAGAUGUGGAUGUCGUGGAAGGCCCUCAGACCUCCUCUCCCUGCCCAUCUGCUGACGUUGACUUGAAGACAAUGGAGACUGCAGAGAAACUGGCCAAAUUUGUGGCUCAAGUGGGACCAGAGAUUGAACAGUUCAGCAUAGAAAACAGCACCGACAACCCCGACCUGUGGUUCCUCCAUGACCAAAAUAGCUCAGCGUUCAAAUUCUAUCGCAAGAAAGUAUUUGAACUGUGCCCCUCGAUUUGUUUUUCAUCGCCUCUGCUGAACCUCCGCACCGGCGAGGGAGCUGAUUCCCAGGAGAGUCCCCUGGAGCCUGUGGGCAGGGGAGGAGAGUUUGAGGACAAGCCCCCGAAGCAGGAGACAGAGCCGGAGAGCCCCGACAUGAUGCCCGGGGACGAGGACGACGAGGACGGCGAGGAUGCGGAUGGCGAGGAGGACGAGGAGGAUGGCGAGGAGGCCCCCACCCAUGGAGGGGCUUCCCGGCACAUGCGGGAGACCGCUGAGGCCCAGGGCUCUGGCGCCAGCCCUCCUGCUGAUGGCUUCCUGAGCGAGGUGGCGGACGACGGCCAAGCUGGCACCCCCAUCCCGUCCCAGGCCUCCUUGGGGGCCUGCUUCCCUCGGAAGAGGGUCAGCAGCAAGUCCCUGAAGGUCGGCAUGAUUCCAGCUCCCAAGAGGCUGUGUCUCACCCAAGAGCCUCCGGUUCAUGAACCAUUUCGCAUUGCCUACGACAGGCCUCGGGGUCGCCUCGUAUCCAGAAAGAAGAAACCCAAGGAUUUUGACUUCACCCAGCAGAAGCUGACUGACAAGAACCUGGGGUUCCAGAUGCUGCAGAAGAUGGGCUGGAAGGAGGGCCAUGGCCUGGGCUCCUGUGGGAAGGGCAUCAGGGAGCCGGUCAGCGUGGGGACGGCCUCAGAAGGGGAGGGGUUGGGCGCCGACGGGCAGGAGCACAAAGAAGACACGUUUGACGUGUUCCGUCAGAGGAUGAUGCAGAUGUACCGACAUAAACGGGCCAACAAAUAGAUGAAAACCAUUGGUGAGAAAGAUAAGGCUUGAAGAGGCAAUUACUCUUAACACGCCACCUCUGUCCCGGAUCGGCCCUGCAGCCUGAGCCCAAGUAGGUGUGGUGGGCGCCCCAGCAGCCGCCCUGCAGUCCGGCAGGCCUGGGUGCAGAGCUGCCUCUGCCUUUACUUUCCUUAAAGAUACAAACGCACCAUUUCCAGCCUGCUUUUGCCCCACCUCCUCUUCCCAGUGCUUUUGUCGUCAGACCCCCUCGUUUCUCAGUUCCUCCUCAGAAGGCGGUGCAGUGCCCCUGCAGUGCUCGGGAGCUGGCUUCUGUCCCUGUCCCCAUUCGUCCUGCAGGCACUGCUGUCCCGGCGAGCUCUGUUAGCAAACUUAAUGCUAAAACGGGCACAGAAUGUCUUCUCAUUGUCUCCAGAAUUUAAGCUUCCAGAAUUUAAACGUGAACAGAAAUUGCUUAUAGCGAACUGUACUCUGGUACAGCCUGUUGGUAGGAGCUCUGAAGCUCUUUGAGCGAGCGGAGAUUCCGUGAGCAUGUUAUUCCUGAGGUCUUAUCUCUCAAUGCAUCCCCAGAGACUUGACGAAACUUUAGGAACACUAUAACAACAGCUGCAUUCAAUGGGAGCCAUCUUUACACCAUGAAGCUUUCCCCAGAUGUUGGGGUGGGUGAGGAACCUCCAGGGCCCCUCCUUGUGCGUGUGUGGCAGGGUGAAGAAGCGCUUUAUUAGCCCUUAGUGUAGAACAGGCAGGGUCCCCUUGGGGUGAGCUGCCCAGCUGGCUGCUUUUUCUAGGUGCAUGGUCGCCACCCCUCCAUCCAUCCGCCAGCGCUCUGCCUCUUGGAACCACAUAUGGAAUUCAGGCUGUGGGCAGCAGUAUUGACGUUUUAAGUACACGCCCAACAAAGUCGGGAAAACUUAGGAUCCUGCUGACGUGACAGGCUUUGGGCACAGCAAUAACCAACCUCAUUGGCCACUGUUUUGACUGCUUAAAGCCACAGGCCUUCCCAGCUUAGGCCAAGGUCCUCUGGUUCUUACCUGUCACACCUCCUGUCUCAGGUUGCGUCCCUUCAUGUCAGGUGUAGUCCCCAGGGCUCUGCCCGCCUCUGGUCAUUUCUGUUGCCUUGGCAACUGGCAGGUGUUUGUGACCAGAUGGGCGCUGGAGGGUGCCUCCGCAGAGCCGAAGCAGCCAACUGGCAGGGGUGGUGUCUGGGGAGUCACAGCUGCCCUGGUUCAUCUCCUUCCUGACCUCCAGCAGCCUCCUGUGGUGGCCCGGGUCAGCGGCCCCUUGGCCUUUGAGAGCUCCUGUGGGCCCUGAGCGAGGCAUGCAUCCCCAGCACAGGCCUGAGCAUAGAGAGCUCUGACCAGCAUAUUCACUUUGUCCCAUAUGCUCACUCUUGGCUUCUUCCACUUUUUUUGUAAGUAAAAUGCUUUAGGAAUCCCGGGGGUAGGCACUGUGCCUGCAGCUACCUGCCCUUCCUCUUGGGACAUCACGCUUUGAGCUGACAGCUUGUGAGCCUUUGGCAGACAUCAAAGAGAACACCUACCUUUUUUACUGGGAAGUUCUCUGAGCCCUCAGGUGACACUUUGUGGACUCGAUGCUGGGACAGCAAGGGCACUGUGAGGGACGGGAUGGGGCAUGGCGGUGCGUCCUCAGGCCCGCGGCUGGCUGAGGAGCGUGCACGCCAGCCCUCCGUGCCCGCCCUUGCCCUUUCAGGGGAGGCCGCUCUGUGGGGAGCAUGCACUGAACACGACGUGUGCUUGCGUAGCCUUGUCAAAGUCACAGUGUCUUUUCUGUCAUUCUAGUUCCAGGGUCUCUUCCGUGAGGACAACAGGCAUCCGGAAAGUGCUAACCCGCCACUCUGGGUGCUUACUGUCUCUGGCUUGUUUCUGUCCCUGGAAAUCAAAUAGAGAAUUUUAGCAUUUUUGAUCCUUGGUAAAACUUAGAAGACAUUUGUGAUGUUACAAAAUGGAAGUUUUUGGGUUUUUUCUUCUCCUUUUUUUUCUUUUUAAAUCUAAGAAGUUGUGAAUGUUCUUAGUCAUUUAGCAGUGGCAAUAAAUGUAGAGGAAACCCAA